CAUGCGCAGUUCUUUGACGUUAAACAACAACAAACUUGGCUAAUUAUUUACUCGUUUGUGGUGGAGCUCGAAGGGCUUCACUGCAGGUGAAAAGUUGAAGCAACGAAAACUGAAAUUGUAACAAGAGUUAAAUCAUUUUGAAAGCGGAAGGAGGGAGUUCGUGGUGGUGUCAGCUGACAAGUGUCUGGUUUCGAAACAACUUCAACUUCUGCUCAUUUUAGCGUCUGGGAGAAAAGCUUUGGGCCGACCUGUGCCAGGUGUUCAGGUAAAAAAAUGGAGUGUGGUGGAGAAGAGAACACAGAAGAAAGUAAAUCUGAGGUAGUUCCUCAAACUCAGCCAGUGUGCCGCUUCUUUUCUCAAGGACGACGUUGCAWCUAUGGCAAUAAGUGUAAAUUUUUACACGUGAGAGAUGAGAGCAAAGCUGAUGGGAUGUCCGGCCAGUCGGAUGCUGCACCGUCACACUCACUAAGUCAACAUGAGGGGUACAGGCCCUUGUUUACCCAUAACCCCAGGUUUGCCCCCGCAGCUGUCCACCGCCCCUGUCGCUACUUUCUCUCAGGGUGCUGCACGAUGGAGGAGAAUUGUCGCUUCUGGCAUCCACCACAUUUACUUCCGGUGGAUGGCAUGCCUGUUUUUGGAAAUCCAUCUAAAGCUCCAGCAAGCUUUCCCCCAGCGUCCCGUCCUGGUGGCCUCCAGGAGGUGAAGCUUUGCGACAUGACUGAGGACACAGCCAAGAAGCUGAGAGACACUGAAAUCCAACAGCUGAAGAAGCGUUUCCCCAAAGAUCAGCUGAUCAUUCAGGAAAGAAGUGAUGGAAAAGUGACGUAUUACAGGGUGUCUGUAGAAGCUACAGAUCCAGACUGGCCUUUUGAUCUGAAAGAAGUUGAUAUAAUGGUCAGCUUCCCAGAUGAUUAUCCUCUAGAGAUUUUCACAUUAGAUAUACCACUGGAUCAAGAUCUACCACCAGUUAUGGCAAAGCAUGUGCAGCAAGCAUCCACUGAGUGGCUUCAAGCUAAACACGCUACUAAUCAGUUGCUGGGAAAGGUGGAGCUACUUUUCCGGCCUUUUCUUCGCUGGCUGGAUCGGAGUUUGGAGAGGCUGUUUACUGAAGGAGCCCGACAGUUAAAAAAAGACAUUGAUUUGGAAAAGUCUGGACUGCAGUUCAUCUCAUACCAAGAGCUCCAGGUGGCAGCAAGUGAAAGCUCUGAUCCUGCCUCCAGUGAUGCAGCUGCAGACGAGGACACCGGCAACACGGAGGAAAUUCCGGAYGACGGGUCGGGGAAGAGGGACACUUCAGCGCAGCAGGAGACACCAGGCUGCGACGAAGGUGAGCAGGAGGUGGAGGCGAGUCAGCUGGUGGAGAACAUCAAGAUCAGUGAUCCUCGCAGAGGCACGGAGGUGAAGCUGCUGGGGCUGAGGCUGGGAGAAAACACAGCCACUGUGGUGGCACAACAGAUCACCGUUUGCCUGCAGUGUAACAGGUGUAAGGUGACUGCAGAUCUGAUGCUCACUGGAAGGACUUCCUGCACGGCUCAGUGUGAGAAAUGUAAUGCAGACAUCAGUGCUGCCUUCAGRCCCUGCAUGCUCCACCAUUACAGUGACGUCCUGGGAUAUUUGGACCUUCACAAUGCUACACCUGCUGACCUCGUACUUCAGGAUUGUGACCUCACUGUGGGGUGCCUCGGCUGCUCUCAGGAGGUCCCUGUGCAGAACGUUUUCUACGGGCAAACAAAGGAGUUUAACUGUGAAGAGUGUCACGGCAAACUCAGCAUCCUGGCUGAGAGCACAAGAUUUCAGUAUAUCCAGCCUCGUUCCUCGAACAAAUUAGGUUCAACAACUUGUAAUUACAAAUCAAUAAGAGAUCCAGCUGUGCAGAAAGGAAAGCCACUGCCAGACAAAGGAGCGUGCAAACAUUACAAACAAAGUCAUCGCUGGCUGAGAUUUCCCUGCUGUGGGCGGGCUUACGCCUGUGAUGUUUGCCAUGACGAGAACCAGGAUCACCCCAUGGAGCUGGCCACCAGGAUGAUUUGUGGAUUUUGCGCCAAAGAACAGCCUUAUAACAAUGGAAAGCCUUGCAUUAGCUGUGGGAGCAUGAUGACGAGGGGCACCCGCACCAGUCACUGGGAGGGAGGACUGGGAUGUAGAAACAAGGCAAAAAUGAGCAGAAACGAUCGACAAAAGUAUAGCAACACCAACAAAACGGUUUCAAGGAAGGCAGCCAGUGAGAAGAAGUAACGGUUGAUGAAGAGCUUUGUUGUAAAAAAAAAAAAAAAAGAGCAAUGAUUUCAAAACUUAUGGUAAUUUUUAUGACAAUCUCUUCCCACAAUAAAACUUAAUUUGAUCACUCAUUAUUCAAGUUAUUCAUACUGUAGUUUAAUAUUUAGUCCCACUUUAAUUUCAUUCAGUAACUCCACAGCUGUAAGGCAGAAUUUAACUUUAGUCUUUGUGAAUAAAGACAUCAUUCAGAUCAGAUUUGCUUUGUCAUUCAAACGUAACAUUAGAGAUGCAAUGAAGAAUGAAAUGCAAUUAAGAUCACCCAUUCAAGAAAAACAUGGUUGAUCUCAUAUAAUCAACUCUGAAAUACCGAGAUAAAUUAUUUCUUUUAAGGUAGUAAUUAGUCUACAGUCAUAAUAAUAAAAGUUUUUGCUUUUGUAAUUAGGUUUUGAACAAAAUUCCAAUUUGUAUUUAUAAUGUUGAAAUGAAAAUAUAAUGUUGUAUAAAGACAAUAAAUGCAUUGAAACCAUGAUUUUAA